CAAUAGCCCAAUAUUGCUUAAUACGGAAGGCUUUUUUGCCAAGUCGGAUGCACACGCACUGCACCGGAUCCUUCCUCUACGAACGACACUGAAAUCUGAUUGGCUGCACACCCACCACCCAAAAAAUAUCUGCCACAGAACCAUGAAGAUCGGCGGUUCAAAAUUCGACGCGCCGCCCAGUAACUGUAGUGGACUCCACCGCCUUUCCACCAGAUUUUUUAUGUCUCUGCUAAACGUUACCUAUUUAUACUCCAUUUCCUCAUCCGCCCACCGACCAUUUACAAUUUCAGUCUUCAAUGAAUCCGCACUUUUCUUCAUCUUCUCCGGCAGGAUCCGACCCGAUUCUCCACACCUGGUCUCCUUCGCCGAUCCCGUGCCAGCAGCCGCUUCCUAUAUCGGUAGCCGUUGCAGAUACGACGGUGGAGACAACAGGAGAAGGGGAUACGGAUAGGAUUCCCCAACCGCUGGAGUGUUUACAAGGAACACUAAUCCCGCCAUUUCUGUCAAAAACUUUCGAUUUGGUGAGUGACCCGAGACUCGACCCGAUUAUCUCAUGGGGUGGAAGUGGACAGAGCUUCGUCGUCUGGGAUCCGGUGGAGUUCGCCAGAAUAAUCUUGCCCCGAAACUUCAAACACAACAAUUUCUCGAGCUUUGUUCGACAACUUAACACAUAUGGAUUCCGCAAGAUUGAUACAGACAGGUGGGAGUUUGCCAAUGAAAGAUUCUUACGAGGGAAGAGGUAUCUUUUGAAGAACAUUCAAAGGCGUAAAUCGAAUCAGUCAACAAGCAGUAACGAAGAAGCUGAGGUAGAACAAUUACACAAAGAAAAAGCAGAAAUUAUGAAAGAAAUCAUCAGUUUACAACACGAACAGCGUGAGACGUAUCGAUAUAUGGAAUCAAUCAACGAGAAACUCAAAGCAGCUGAACAUAAACAAAAACAAAUGGUUUCGUUUAUGGCUAAACUAAUCAAAAACCCGCAAUUUGUGUCUUCUAUACAAGAAAAGAAAGAACAUCAGCUUCAUAUUUCUUCUCCAAGAACCAUUAGGAAGUUUGUUAAACAUCAACCCCUUGACUCAAAUCCUAUUACAGCACCAGAAGGUCAUGUCUGGAAAGGGAAAAACGUGUCGGAAAUGGAAUCGGAGGCUGCACCGGAAGACUUAUUUCCGGUGGAUCUCGGAAAAGGAAAGAAUGUAUUGGAACCGGUUUCUGUUGGGAUUGAUGAUAUUACUGUGAAACAAGAGGACAUUUGGAGCAUGGGAUUCGAAACUAAUGCGAUAUGGAGUGAUGUUGGAAACUUUGAGUUGCCGGAGUUUGGCGUCGGAGGUGUUGACUCGUCGGAUUUAUGGAAUUUAGGAACUUCAGGUGCUGUGAAUUGGGAUCGUUUUGAUGAGAUUGAAAGGCAAGAAGAUGAUAGGUUUAGGGAAACGGAUCCAUAG